UUCAAGCGGCGGGGGGUGACGCGCCGCGGACGGGAUUCGCCCUCUCGCCCCUCCCCUGCCCGCGAGCGCUCUAAAUUUAAGGCAGCUGGUGCCUCCUCCAGGCAGCCAGUCAGUCCUGCAGCGCGGAGAGGAGGCUCGGUUCGGCGCGGCCACCCCAGGGACAAUGCUGUCUGAAUCAGAAAUGGAUACUGUAUUGGCAGAUUCAGCCCCUAACUCAGAAGUUCCAGUACCAUGUGGGGUGUCUCUUAGUGAUGUCUUGGUGAACUCUCCAUCCAGAACUGUUGAGGACCAUAGUGCUGAGACAACUGAAGAGACUAAGACUGAAGAAUCUCAGUUAAAUAUGUUUAGAUCCAAAGCUUCAUCCCCUGCCUCAGGCCUAUGGACAACACGACGGGAUGGAGAAGUUAAACUGAGGCUAGAUCAACAUGGUAUUGGUAGUGAGACACCAAAGACUGUUCAUGAAGUAUUCCAGGAAGCUGUUAAAAAAUAUGGUAACUAUUUUGCCCUUGCAUCAAAGAAGGGUGACAAGUGGAUAAAGCAAACUUAUAAGCAAUACUAUGAGGAAUGCCGGAAGGCAGCAAAAAGCUUUAUAAAGUUGGGAUUGGAGCGUUUCCAUGGAGUGGGCAUUCUGGGAUUUAAUUCUGCAGAGUGGUUUAUUGCUGACAUUGGAGCUAUUCUAGCUGGUGGUUUUGCUGUUGGCAUCUACACCACAAACUCUCCUGAAGCCUGCCAGUAUGUAGCAGAGAACUGUGGUGCUAAUAUCCUGGUUGUGGAGAAUCAUAAACAGCUGCAGAAAAUCCUAGAAGUUCAGCACAAGCUCCCUCUUCUGAAAGCAAUCAUCCAGUACAAUGGAGAGCUUAAGGAGAAGAGACCAAAUCUCUACACUUGGAGUGAAUUUAUGGGCCUUGGCAGUGGUGUUCCAGAUUCCCAGCUCGAUAAGAUCAUCGAUUCCCAGAAGCCUAACCAAUGCUGUAUGCUGAUAUAUACCUCAGGAACAACUGGACAGCCAAAGGGAGUUAUGCUCAGUCAUGAUAAUAUAACUUGGACUUCACUAUCAGCAGGGCGCUAUGUACAACUGACAGAUGCUACUGAGCAACAGGAGCUGGUGAUCAGCUACCUUCCCCUCAGUCAUAUUGCUGCUCAAAUGAUUGAUAUUUGGCUGCCAAUAAAAUGUGGUGCACAAGUUUUCUUUGCUCAACCAGAUGCACUGAAGGGCAGCUUGAUAGACACAUUACGGGAGGUCAGACCAACAGCUUUUAUGGGAGUUCCUCGCGUCUGGGAGAAAAUACAAGAAAAAAUGAAAUCUGUGGGUGCAAAAUCAUCUGCUCUCAGAAGAAGAGUGGCAGCAUGGGCUAAGGAAGUAGGAUUACAAACUAACCUGAAACGGAUGAAUGGGGCUUCUGAACUCCCAGUGGACUUCCGUCUAGCCAGGCAGUUGGUGUAUAAAAAAGUUCGGAAGGGUCUCGGGCUGGAUCGAUGCACAAAAUGCUACACUGGGGCUGCCCCAAUUACUAAAGAGACUCUGGAGUAUUUCCUGAGUCUGGACAUUCCUGUGUAUGAGUUGUAUGGCAUGAGCGAGAGCUCUGGACCUCACACAGUCUCUCUUCCAGACACAUUCAGGAUCACUAGCUGUGGAAAAGAGAUUAUAGGCUGCCGGACAAUGAUUUACAAGCCAGACAAUGAUGGCAGUGGAGAGAUCUGUUUCUCAGGUAGACACAUCUUUAUGGGCUAUUUGAACAUGGAAGAUAAAACCAAAGAGGCCAUUGAUGAUGAAGGCUGGCUCCAUUCGGGUGAUCUUGGCAAGCAUGACAAGAAUGGAUUCCUUUACAUCACUGGAAGAAUUAAAGAGCUCAUCAUUACUGCUGGAGGGGAGAAUAUCCCUCCUGUUCCAAUUGAAGAUGCUGUAAAGGAGGCUGUUCCUAUAAUUAGCAAUGCUAUGUUAGUUGGAGACAAGGCAAAAUUCCUUGCUAUGCUUCUAACUCUGAAGUGCACUGUAAAUGAAGAAACAGGGGAACCAGAGGACGACCUUACUCAGGAAGCCAUAGCAUACUGUCUCAGAUUAGGCAGCAAAGCUACAAAAGUCUCAGACAUUGUAGGUGGCAAAGACAAAGCUGUUGAUGCUGCUAUCCAGAAGGGAAUUGCAUUAGUCAAUGAGAGAGCCACCUCAAAUGCUCAGAAAGUACAGAAGUGGGUCAUUCUAGAAAAAGACUUCUCAAUCUCUGGUGGAGAGCUAGGCCCAACAAUGAAACUGAAGAGGCCUGUUGUAACAAAGAUGUAUAAAGAUACAAUAGACCACUUCUUCACUGUGGAAACCACAUCAGCAAAUCCUCUUUCAAAGUAACCUUGGAAUACUGCAGGUCUCAACAUACAGUUCUCAACUCUUCUACUGCUGUGUAAGUGUGUGUGCGUGCUGUUCAUUGCUUUGACUCCCAAAUGAAGGAAUAAAUGCAUCUCUGAAAUAAACCAGGUUUAAUAUUGUAGCCCUGCAAUCACUGUAUUUGUAUACAUUCCUGACUCUAGUUAUUGGUGAUGCUGCACUAACAUUCCCUCUCUUUGGAUGGACUUUUUCUAAUGGCCAUGGUCGGCUCAAUCAGUUGUGUAUCAUAUAUGGGCAAAUAGAAUCUCAGCAAAAGUUAAAUAGUUACAAUAUUUUAAUAGUACCAUGGCAUUACUUUGUAUUGUAAAAACCAUGAUAACUUAUUUUUUUCCACCAAAGUUUUUUUGUCUGAAAAUGAAUGUAAACACAAGCAGGAAUCUUGGUUUCUUUGUAGUUACACUUGAGGGCUGGGGUACUUUUUUUAAUAGCAAUGACUUCUGUAAGUAAAUUAUACAUACAGCAUAUAAAGGAUUUCUAUACAGUGGAUACAAAAUAUAGGUUUACUUGGUUCAUUGUAUAAUACUUUUUUUGGUUGGGAUAUCAAAGCCAUAAACUUGUUGAAACUAUACGGUGCAUAUGUUGUAAGAAGCAUUCCAGCAAAGGGAGUCUGAUAGAGCUGACAAAAUCCUGUCCCUUCUGACUUGUUCCUCAGUUGUCCCACAACCCUGGAAUGUCUUAAACUUCUCACAGGUAGAACUUCUAGGUUUUUAUGGCGUAGUACACUUGGGGUGAGUGAAGUCUUAAUGACUUCUUGCAAGUAUACUUUUAGGACUGUAAUGGACUGAACAGUUUUUAAAGGUUAAUUGUCUUUGAAAAGAGAAAUAAUGCAUGCAUUAGGAAAUGCUCCACUGAUUGGUAUUGCCUUUUCUGGCAAAAGGGUUAAUUUAUUAGGGGGAGGUUCCCCCUCAGUGGGGGUGUGGAGGGAACUAGGUGUGGUGCUGCAUUUCUAUAACUUCAAGCAGUCUUGCACUGUAGGCCCCUCUACAGAAGCAAGCAACUGUUACUGAAUUCAUGGAUGCUUACAGUAAACUCUAUUCUACUCAGGGGCACCUUGCCUGAUGUGAACAGGCAUAUCAGUUAUCUUCUACUCUAUGCCUGGAUGAGUAAAUUAGCUCUGCUUACCCCCUCCUUUUAAGCAGUUAUGAUAUGGUAGUCAUGCAGAAAUCUGUAUCAUUAUGAAGGCCUAACUCCAACUAAGUUUCAGGGACCUUAAAUGUUUUAAAGAUCUAAUUUUUUUUGAGAAACUUGUAUUCAUCUGUGAUCGUGAACAACACUGUAUGAACCAUGUAUGAGAUUGUGAAGGAUUGAACAAGUGCAAUCAUUCUAGCUACUUUCAGACUAACUCUUGUCGUCUUCAGUUCAUUAUCUUUGUCAGUGCCUGGAGUGGAUGGGUCAGGCAGAGGAAUAUAUAUGAAUGAAUUAUUAUAAGGCAUCUCAAAAGGCUGAGGAGUACUUCAGGACACAAGGAUUAAAUGGCUAUUCUGACUUGUAUAUCAAAUGAAACUUUGCCAUCACUUGAGCUACAUCAGGGUUUGUUGUUUAAACUGCCAUCUGUAAGAUGGCUAGGGAAGGAAUUUAAAGCACUUAUACAAGAAUUGAGGAUUGUAAAAAGUAGGGGGCUCUAUGUAAUUGGAAUUAUAAUGAAGAUUCCACAUGUGUAAAUAAGCUUGUAAUUUGAUAAAGUGCUAUGCACUAUUACCAUUGACUGCCCUUCUGUAUUUAUGGGACAAGUGUGAAAUGUCAACUCUUAAUAAACAUCUGAACCUCA